AUGGGGAACUGGCAUCGAAGCAGCGAGCCCCUGGAGCCUUCGCCUUUGUUGAAGCAGAGUCGCCAAGGUGCCGACAUUGCCAAGCUUCUGGAACAAAGCCAACAACGCAGCGUGGUGCCUACACAUCGGGGCCAGCUCUGGCGAGACCUUCUCUGUGUAGACAGCCUCAAAGAGGUCGAACCACAGGAUCUCUUCCAACAUCUCCUGAAUCUGCCCUUGGACGAUGACCGUGUGAUCUUUGCGGAAGCCUGCAUCCAGAAGGAUUUGACCGCGUUUUCCCACAUUGCUUCGGACAAGCUCGGGCGGAGUACUGCAGGAAGAAGUAUUCAGUACUGCUCGCCUAUGCGCAACGCUGCCCAGACAUAG